AUGGAAAGCAAACUCAUAACCUUGGACUCAAUCAACUAUUAUGUGCUCCAUGAAGGCGCAAAAGACAGACCAUUGGUCAUUCUUUGUCAUGCACUGAUGGCAAAUCACCACAUGUGGGAUUCAACUGUCGGUGACCUUCACAAGGCUGGCUUUAGCACCUUGCGAUUCGACCAUAUCGGACAUAACAAGACGACUUUCUCUACCUCGGAGGCCGCGACACGAGAAUACCAUUUCGACGAUGUCGUCAGACACAUUCAUGAGCUUGUCCAACGAGUAGCGCCAGGGCAGGCCCCCUUUGGAUUCGUCGGCUGCAGCGUUGGUGGAGUACUCGCAAUUCGCUACGCACAAAUGUACCCCGGAACCUUGAAUAAGGUUAUGUCGUGUGACGCACCAGGGUUGACGAGUUUGGAGGUAGCAAAGCCUCUAUGGAAGGCACGAAUUUCUCAGUUUCAGAAUGAAGGCGUGGAAAAUCUGGCAAAAGCCACAGUCGAACGAUGGUUUCCUGAACCGUGCCGUGAAGAAGUCCGCUCCGGAAUGCUGGAACAAACCCGAGCAUGCACAUUUGAGGGUUAUCGAGCCUGUGCUAUCGCGGUCAUGAAUUAUGACUACUUCGCCGAACUGAAGCGAAUCGAGAAGGAGCAAGUUCUAGUACUUGCUGGAGCAAAUGAUACAGCAAUCGGGCCCCGUGAAAUCCUGGUCAAUGUUGCAAAUGCAAUCCCCGGCGCCAAAUAUAUCCUGAUGGAAAAUGUCGGCCAUAUCCCUCCCUAUCACGACUCUAGUGGCUUCAACAAAAUCAUGUUGGAAUUUUUGGGAUCCAAAGAGCAAUCUCUCCUGUGA